UAUUUUUUAUUUUUUUAAUUUUUUUUGUUUCCUUUUAGGAGGCGGGGCGCUGCACCCUGACAUGAUCCAUCAUGCCGUCCUCUAAGGACCGCGAGGUCGAUGUCCUCGAUGAUCGCCCGCGCGAGAAAAUCCACCGAUCCAAGUCCGAGCGCAAGGACAGAGGCCGCGACCGAGACAAGGACAGGGACCGCGAGAGGGAAAAGGAGCGGAGGAGAGACCGGGACCGCGAAACCGACCGGGACAAGGACUCCUUCUUGUCGUCUUUGUCGUCUUCUCACCGCCACACGUACACCUCGUACCGGACGUCCAAGUCUCUGAAACUGAGGCCGACCGACAGCGAGACGCACUCUCGAUCUCACCGACGACACAAGACGAAGGACAUGGACAGGGACGAGCUCGAAGACAGGUCGGCCGCCUCCCGGUCCAUGGUGGACCUGGUGCCGGAGCUGUCGCGGGGUCUGGCCAGCGAGCGGGGGAGCUUGCCGUAUCCGUCCUUCAGCAGAGCUCACAGCAAGGAGGCGCUGCACAGCAAGGAGGACGUCUCUUCCUCGCCUGGUGCCCGGCGGCGGGACCCGCUCACACCAGACACGACGGACCUCGGCGGCGGCAGCGAGAUGCGGCGGUCCAUGUCGGUCGACUCGCCCUUCGCGGCCCGGAAGAGCUCGACGGCACGAAAGGACGCCCGCCAGGACGACCGGCCGCCGUCGCCACCCGACACAGACGUUUCCGGCCAGAGGAAGAGACCCGAGUCUCCGGUGUCGGGGAAAGAAGGGGAGGCGCCCGAGACGAGGCCGUCAUCGAGGGGCUCGUGGGUGUCGAGGUCCACGUCCAAGCACGAAUCUAAAUCGAGGGUCUCCAAGACCUCGAGCCAGGCCACCUUUGUCAUGCGACCAGCAUCUUCGGCCCGGGCGCCCCGUCGGGAGGACCAUCGAGCGCCAAAGUCCGAGGUCACUGAUGCUUCUACCGUCGAACCGGGCCCCGCUGCCGCCGCCGCAGCAGCAGCAGCUCCUCAGCAACGGAACGGACCCGUAGCCCGCCCUGCGCCCACCGAGGCGGGGGAUUACUCUCCCGAGUCAGCGAUAGACGUCUCCCCGCAGACGCCGACGCACACACCUCAGUUCCCACCGCCGCCCAUGAUUCCCGAAGAGAAGAAUCACUACUCGACAUCCGACGUUCCUACCCCCUCCGCAACCCCCUUCACUCCCGCACCGCCUCCUCCUCCGCCUCCUCCGCCCCCGCCCCCGACCUUCAACCUUCUGGAGGUGCCGCGGGUGGAUUAUCUCUUACAGAACGGUGGCCUGCCACAUCCAGUUCCCAAGACAUUUCUCUCCGUGCUUCCGCGGCAGAAUGGGACGCGGCCUUCCAACCCGCCCCUUCAGGGCGCCGAAACGCUCUUUGCGCCGUUUUUCAACCUCCUCAACCAGUAUCAGACGGUGCUGUCCGGGCACGGUUCCAUGGCUGUCGCGACAGGUCACCGGACCGUAGCCCGCCGCCUCCUGGACCGGUUAGAGAACGUCUUCUCCCGCGACCUCUGUCCGGACGGCUGCCCAUGCAUCAUCUGCGAGCGGUCCGGGCAGCCUCGCAGGGGGCUCGGCUGGGGAGAGGUGCUCGAGCGCGUCAGCGGGAGGGUGGAGCUGCCGCCGUGGCCGCCGUUCGAUUUCACCGUGCUCGGCUCCAAGGCGGUCGAAGAGCUGGCCGACGUCCCGCCCCGGCCGUCGUCACCGGUCAAGAUGGACCCCGACAUUGCCGAGGAGUUCCGGGAGCACUACCUCCGCCAGACGAAGCGCGUCCGGGCCGCGGUCGACAAGUGGAUGAGCAGCUGCGAGAAGACGGCGGUGGCGGCGCCGCCGCCGCAGGACGUCGACGACGAGACGCUCGCCUUCGCCAUCCUCACCAACCUCGAGCAGGAAGACCGGCCGUACUUCAACGCCCUCCUCGCGGGCUCGCGGGAGCUGCAGUCCCCCCUCCGCGCCCCGACCCCGGUUCGCCGGCCGCGCAACGACUUCAUCAUCAAGAUGGGCCUCUCGCUGCAGCGGCUGUACCGCCUGGCCCAGACCCCGCGCGACGCCGAGACGGCCGUCUACCUCGUCAAGCACCCGGCCGUCCACGACCUGCUCCACACCAUCUCCGACAUUAGCGCCUCCGAGUGGGAGAUCCUCACCUCGGGCCGCUUCGACGGCUUCCUCUGGUCGGGCGCCGAGGACGACGGCGUCGUGCCCGGCGAGAGCGUCUCGCGCAUGGCCACCCCGGCGAGCGGCAUCCUCCCGCAGCCGCCGCCAUCGUCGGCGUCCCGCAUGAUGAGUCCCGCGGCCGCCCCGGGACGGCCCGUGUCGCGCAACGCGCCGGCGACGACAACCGCCUACUGCACCCCGUACUCGCGCGGCCCGACGCCGGCCUCGUUCGUCAGCGGCGUCUCGGCGGCGUCGUCGUCGACCACCUACCCCUCCCGCUCGGCCGUGACGCACGACGAGGAGGUCGAGGUAGCCACGCUGGCGGAGCUCGAGCGCGAGAUCUUCAACGGCAUGGAGGCGCUCGAGGACGCCUUCGAGAAGCUGCACGAGAAGGCCAUGGCCGUCCGCGAGGCCCUCCGCCGCCGCGGCGCCGCCCUCCAGAUGAGCCUGCAGCAGCGUCGCCGCGCCGGCGCCGCCGCCGGUGUCGGCAUCGACGUCCUCCCCCUCAGCGGCUCCAGCGGCGCCUACGACCGCCCCGCCUGGGCCGACGAGGAGAGCGUCGACGGCGCAGACAGCGAGUGGGGCGGCGACGACCUCAGCGAGCUCGCCCCGGACGACUCGGCCAGCCAGGUCAGCAGCAACCGCCUGCGCCGGCCCAAGCGCCGGAGGGAGCGGGCCACCCCGGCGCCCAUCGAGGAGGAGGACGAGCAGUGAGUUGAGUGGUAUAUGCGUGUGUGUGUAUGUAUGUAUGUCUGUACAUACAACGUUUUGCAAGGCGAGGGAUUCGAGGUUUGGAAAAGGGUUCCCGCGGGGGGGGGGGGGGGUUGGUGUGGGUUGAAGAUGGCCCGGUUAUAUAUACUCAUUCAUGUAUGAAAGAGGGAAAAGGGUUCAGGAGCGUGGGUUGUGCAUGGUUAUUACACAG